UGUGAGAAUUUCCAACAUCACCUGAACGUGUCAUGAGGAAUCCUGACAAAACAGCAGCGUGAACUCAACAACAUGUCUGGAUGGGUGUAUGACAUGUGAAGUGUUGGAUUAACACACUUAAUUUCAGUGGGUUAUAGCACGUGGGCGUUGAUGCGUCCUCACGCGCCGUUAAGGAAGUUGCCUUCAUUCUACUCCUAGUCGUCAAUGUCAAUUGUCUGGCGCUGCAGCAAUGAGAUUUAUCGUCCUUUUCCUGUUGUUUCAAGGGCUGCGGGUUAAAGUUCUUGGCGAAACCGGCGUCACAACCAAAGUUGAAGGGUAUGUAGGUGACACCAUUAUCUUGCCAGCCAAAGUCUUCAAAACAUGGACUCUGUCCAGAAUUGACUGGUCAAUAUUAAGCAACUACACCUGGAUUGCAACGUGGCACCCAGGUGGUAUAAACACUGAACGUCGUCCAGAAUACAAAGGGAGGCUCUCGCUCAACAUAUCAACAGGGGAUUUAACGAUGCGGGAUCUUAGGUUACGCGACGCCAUGACGUACAAUGUGGACCUCCUCAACACUUCAAAUUACAACAUAGUAAACCGGGUCCAGCUAGUAGUGAAAGAACGCCUCAAGAAACCGACCAUACAGCUUUACCAAAAUUUCACAAAAAGCGAAAGUGGCUGUGUAUUGGUGCUCAACUGUUCUUCUCCUGAUACUGGCAUCAACUUCUCCUGGGAGGUCGAGCCUUCGUGUCAUCACUGCAGCAACAACUCUUCCAGUGACACGUCAGAGCUUAUCGCCUUUUUCUUGACAACCCCAGACACUGUAAAUCUCACCUGCAUUGUCAAGCGCGAAUUGGAAAAGGCAUCAAGCAUUUUGGUCUCAAAGAUCAAAGUGCCAACAUUCAGACGCCAGCAGGAUUGUGAUUACAUGUUCGCUUGGGGAUUCUUCACUGCAUUGCUGAUUGUGAUCGGCGUGAUUUUACUUUUCCAUUUCAGAGGUAAGAUAACCGAAAUGUUCCAGCAAUUUAGAGGACUAGGUAUUUCGCCUGUGACGGAUUCCAACGUUCCGGCGGAGAGUGUGACUUCCCAAAAAUAAAAGUCCUAACUUUGACAUGGUGGUUUUAAAAGGAGUUCAUCUGUUAAGAAAAAAAAUACAAAAAAACUGGGUCUGUUUCAAUGUUUCUUUGCAAAGAAACAAUGAUUGAGAUAAACAACAGGGUAAAACUUUUACCAGGAUCACUGAGACUCUAUCGGUCCAUUUAAUUUAAUUUAGUUUAAAAUAUUCAUUUCACAUGUCUGGUCUACAUUAUGCCUGAUUUUUUCAUGGUUUUUUUUGUCUUUCUUCUUUUAUGUUGAGCUUUUUUGAAUUGAGAUAGUGCCGCCACUUGAUCAAAUUAAACAUUGACCGCACCCAAAUGAUCCAGUAUGGACAAAUCCCAUAUUACUUUGCAUAUUAAAUUAGCAAUGAUUUAACUUACAUAUGGCCCAAAGCUGUAAGAGCACAUAAGCAGUAUUUGAUGUGGGGCCCCCAAUUCCUCGUAAUAUCCCGCAGCACUAGCUGUGUUUCAGUGCAGAUUUGCUGGAAUCUGGCAGAGAGGGCCUAGUUUAAUUGGUUGACUGUAUAGGCAAUCCCUGGUUGUUUUUUAUAUUUGCUCAGAUGGAUUUGAACACGCACAAAAAAAUGUAAUUUAUCAGAUUGUAACUUGAAUACAUCAGAAAGACGACGCUGGUUCUUUGCACUUUGACUCAGGUUGAGGUAGAUCCAUCCAGAUUUCUCUUAUUGUCCCAUUUCUAUACAAGAAUCUGGUUUUAGAUCUCUUAUUUCCAUUGAAAGUGUUUAUAAUAAUAAUAAUGAUGUGUGUGUAUAUAGAGUACAGACCAAAAGUUUGGACACACCUUCUAAUUCA